GCUUAACCUCAUGGCUCUGCGAGGAUAAGCACAAAAUCUUUUUAUUAUUGUAAAUAAUGUAGGUCAAAUAAUGUUCAGUAGAAGGUUAGGAAACUUGAUUGAAUUGGGAAGAUUGAAACAAAUCAAACAAGUAGAGAAAUAGGAAGCAUGGCUUCUUCAACAAAAACCCAACAAGAAUAUGGUACAAAUGAAGAAGAAGGAGAAGAAGAAAGCUUUUCAUAUGCCAUUCAAAUUUCGAUGGGGUCAGUACUGCCCAUGGUAAUGCAAACUGCAAUAGACCUUGGCAUUUUUGACAUUAUAGCCAAAGCAGGUCCUGAUGCAAAACUCUCAGCUUUCGAUAUUGCAGCCCAAAUUAGCAGCUGUCAAAACCCUGACGCGCCCAUGAUGCUUGAUAGGAUCCUCAGGCUUCUAGCUAGCCACUGUGUGCUUGGUUGCUCUCUGUCCUCAAAUGCUCAAGGAACCCACCAGAGACUCUACCAUUUGAAUUUUGUUUCCAAAUACUUCGUGAAAAAUGAAGAUGGGGUCUCCCUAGGACCUUUCAUGACCUUGAAUCAAGACAAGGUCUAUAUGGAGAGCUGGCCUUUACUCAAGGAUGCAAUUCUUGAAGGUGGAAUUCCAUUCAAUAAGGUCCAUGGAACACAUGCCUUUGAUUAUCCUCGCGGUGACCCCAGGUUCAAUGCGGUUUUCAACACAGCAAUGUUUAAUCACACAAAAAUAGUUAUGAAGAAACUCCUCCAGUCCUAUACGGGUUUCGAGCACCUAAAGCAGGUGGUUGAUGUUGGUGGAGGACUUGGAGUCACUCUUAACAUGAUCACUUCCAAAUACCCUCACAUUAAGGGUAUUAAUUUUGACUUGCCUCGUGUCAUACAACAUGCCCCUCCUUAUCCUGGUGUGAAUCAUGUAGAAGGAGAUAUGUUUGAAAGAGUUCCACAAGGAGAUGCUAUUUUUAUGAAGUGGAUACUUCAUGAUUGGAGCGAUGAACAUUGCUUGAAGCUGUUGAAGAACUGCUACGAAGCAAUUCCAGAUGAUGGAAAGGUAAUAGUAGUGGAUGCAGUGCUUCCAGUAAUGGCAGAGAAUAGUGCAGCAGCGAGGGACACUUCACUUAUGGACGUGUUUAUGAUGACUCAAAAUCCAGGAGGGAAGGAAAGGACUCAACAAGAAUUCAUGGCCUUGGCUACUGCAGCUGGAUUUAGUGGUAUCGCUUUUCAAUCUUGUGUUUGUAACUUUUGGGUUAUGGAAUUCUUCAAGUAAUAAUUUGCUCCUAAAUGGCUCAUGUUUUCUUCUGUGAGAUGAAAAUCGCCUUUAAUGUUUAGAGACAUCUUCAAAUAAAGUACAAGAAUCAAUCUCCAAAAUAAUUGCCCUAUUACCAAUAGUCGAAGCCAAUUUCAUAGACAGUAAGAGAGCACAAGCUUCACCUGGAAUCUCCAAUAACUUCUGUUUCUUUCUUUCUUUCUUUUUUUUUUUCUCGUUUUUAUCAAAUAAUUAAAUAACAGUGAGGAAAUGUUAUUGGUGUAUAUAUCUUUAAUUAUUCUUUGUUAGACUAAA